AAGAAAAUGGCGUCCUCCAAAGGAGCAAACACGUAUAACAGACAAAAUUGGGAGGAUUCGGAAUUCCCUAUUCUGUGCCAGACAUGCCUGGGAGACAAUCCUUAUCUGAGAAUGAUGAAAGAACCCUAUGGAAAGGAGUGCAAGAUCUGUGCGCGGCCAUUUACAGUGUUCCGUUGGUGCCCAGGGGCCCGUAUGAGGUUCAAGAAAACUGAAGUCUGCCAGACAUGCUCCAAAAUCAAGAACGUGUGUCAAACCUGCUUAUUAGAUCUUGAAUAUGGCUUGCCUGUACAAGUGAGAGAUGCAGCUCUGAAGAUCCAAGACAACAUGCCCAAGUCAGAUGUGAACAAGGAAUAUUACCAGCAAAACAUGGAAAGAGAGAUGGCCCUGAAUGAUGGCGUGAACCCUUCUGGUGCUCUGGGUAAGGCCAUGGCCCCCAGUGAUAUGCUCCUCAAGUUGGCACGCACCACACCCUACUACAAACGCAACAGACCCCACAUAUGCUCCUUCUGGGUGAAAGGGGAAUGUAAGCGAGGGGAGGAAUGUCCAUACAGACAUGAGAAGCCAACAGACCCAGAUGACCCUCUGGCAGACCAGAACAUCAAGGACCGUUUCUACGGGAUGAACGACCCUGUGGCUGACAAGUUGAUGAACCGCUAUACCUCCAUGCCCAAGCUUGAGCCCCCUGAGGACCGCACCAUCACCACCUUGUAUGUCGGAGGGCUCGGCGACAAGGUCGGAGAGACAGAACUCAAAGACUAUUUCUACCAGUUUGGUGAAAUUCGCUCCAUUAAUGUGGUGUCGAAGCAGCAGUGUGCGUUCGUACAGUUCACCACACGUGCUGCUGCAGAGACAGCCUCAGAAAAGUCAUUCAAUAAGCUGAUCAUCAACGGGCGUCGCCUGAACAUCAAGUGGGGCAAGUCCCAGGGCCAGAUAGGGACAGAGAGGGAGGAGAAGGAGGAGGAGCGACAUAACCUGGCCCCUGUUCCUGGGCUGCCUGGAGCUUUGCCUAUACCUCCAGAGGAGAUUUCCAACAAUUUCUUCAAUCUGGGCCCCAUGCCUCCCAUGCAGUUGAGGGGACCCAUGCCACCUAGAGGGCCGCCUCACAUGAUACCCAUGUUCAUGAGAGGACCCCCACCCCCAGGUGUUCGUCUGCCGCCCCCACCCCCAGGGAUGAUGCCAUUGAGGCCCCCACCAGGGGUCAUGCCCCGGGGUCAUGUACCUCAGAUGCACUAUCCCUCUCAGGACCCCAACAGGAUGGGGGCGACCAUGCAAAACAGAUAGAACAUUGCACCUUGCUACAGCUUGGAUUUGUAUUAGACAUCUACUUCAGCAAUGGCUGAUGAAAACAGGACGUAUAUCUUGUUCAGUUUCAGCUUCCAGUGUCGAGAUUUUAUCUACACCAAAUGAAAAGUGUGUGGUCUAUAUAGAAACAGGUAUGGUGAACAUUGCUGAUCCUAUAUGGUUCUGUUGGUCAUGUACACAAAGCUUGGCUGUGUCAUGUUUUGUGAAGCUUUAUGCCUUGAACAAGAAACAAGAACAAGUUUAUGGACCAUUUAUAUAUCCGAUUUGUAGUUGUUUCCUCUCAAUUAUUAUCAGAUAUAUGGCUUCAUAUGUAUUGCAUGUAAUAGUUGAGUUGAAACCAAAUCUGAUUUGAUGUAUUUCAUAAACUUGUAUUAGAAAAUUCACGUCUAGGGUCUCAAGUUUGGUAGCUCCAUAAAUUAUAUGAUAUAAUUUAUGGAGCUACCAAACUUGAGACCUUAUAUCCUUAAAUCUCUAUAAUGGAGAAUGAGGAGAAUAUGAACCCCAACAUUUUCUGCUUUGUUGUUCUUUGUCCUGAUAUGCGAAUAACUUUUUCAUUAUUUUUCAAAGCGACUAUGUGUCAAUUAUAACAUGUAGGCUCCUAUGUAUUGUUUACACAUGGAAUUGUUAUAAUAAUUUUUUGGAACAUUUUAUAAAUUCAUGUUUGAAUUAUAUUCUUUUAAUUUGUAUUUUACUGGUACAUGUUUUUCAAGGCACACAAUAAAUAUGGAAGUAAAAUUUUUGUUCAA